UCCUACCGGGCCCGACCGCGAAGCCUCCGACACCGGCCGGGCCGGGAGUUGCCAGGGAAGCCGGUAGACAACAGUUGGAAAUGUUGUCUUGGCCACGCAACAUCUCGCGUCUUAACCUCGUUCCGUCGUCGCCGUGCUCCUGACCGACUCGCGAGUCCACCCCGCGUCCUACCGGUCUCCUGCUCUCCUUUCACUUCGCUCACUUUUCCCUCCGAUUAUCGCUACGCCUUUCGCGAACCGCGAUUCGCAUCCACCUUCCGAAUUCUGAAAUGACUUGUGUCCAGUGACGUGAAUCUUGACCCUUUGUAGCCGUGCACGAUACUGUCUGAAAGUGUGUGUGUUUUUUUAUGAGCAAACAUGGAUCUGGCUCAGUUUUUAGUGGUGUGCAUACUCAGCUUCAGCGGUCUGUCUCUGCGGUCGACCGUUCAUGCCACGAUCGAGAUCAUGGAGGAAUUCUUCCCACAAAUUGAGGGAAAUUUGACGAAAAUCACGUGGGCUCACGCCGUGAACUCCAAAAAACUGCUAAAUCAAACUCUAGAGGGAGAUGCGUUGAUGGUGGAAGGUGACGUCAUUCUCGGCCGUCACUCUGGAGACCUGAACAUGUCACCGAUGCCCAUGAUGGGCCACCCGCCAACCACGGAAUCCGAUCUCUCUUUGAAAGACUUUCUCGAGAUAGUGAGCACUGCUAAAACUCCCCGAGGAAUAAAACUCGACUUCAAAUCUCUUGAGGUCUUCAACGCAUCCAUACCAGUAUUGGAAGAAUACAUCUACAAAGUCACGCACUCGAUCGAGUUUGUCCCAUUAUGGCUGAAUGCAGAUAUAAUCUCUGGCCCGAUUAACAGCAAGACAAAACCAGUGGAUGCUGACUUCUUCCUGAAAGCGUGUGAUGAGAAAUUCCCAAAUGCUGUGAUCUCCGUUGGCUGGACCACUGAAAUGAGUGAAAAAAAUUCCGUCGGACCCGAUUGAUUGUACCGGUUACAUUUGCAGUGCGUGCCGGUUUGGCUGCGCAGUCGCGCGGUGCCCUCGUGUCUCUCAUCGAGACAUCCGUCCCCGGAACGACUCUAACGAUUUGGAUGAGCAACGAGAAUGACCCAGUCAGCAUUCCAAAACUCAGGUGCCUCAUGAAGACAGUCGGACUAAACAGGACCUUCAUUGAUGUCCCUGAUAAAAUCAGGCAGAACCUAGAUCUGGCUCACAUCGAGAAUGCAACAUGUCUACCGGAGACCGGCCCUGAUGAUGGGAAUCACGCAGUGCCUGUCGCCCAAAGUUUCACACUUCUCCUCAUCGCAUUCGCUUUAUCUGUCUUUGUUUCGAUGUAAAUGAAGUUCGCCAUAAAGUUAAAGCUGAAAUCUCCAAAGUUCCAACUGAAACCUACUGAUUUUGUUUGAUAUGGGUUUCCGCUCGUUGAGAGAAUCCAAAGAUUUGUUUCCUAAACCAAGACCAAGACUGACAUAGGUUGUUCAUGCAAAUUUCAACCUAUUUUUGAAGUUGCACUAAAAAUCCGUUUUUUUUUUGGUGAAUUUGUCAACAAUGAGCUAUCAACAGUUGAUUUGUGCCUUUUACAGACAUCUCGUCACCCCACUGACGUAAGGGCGUUUCUCAAUUUCCGCGUGAGCCCUGUUUUACAUAUAAAUGCAUGCUUUCUUGGGCUCAUGCGAAAAUCGAGAUACGCCUUUCCGUCAGUGGAGCGAUGAUGUGUGGUGUAGUGGCCGACUCUACGUUAAUUUUUAAAAAGUUGGCAACUCUUUCUCCUCUAUUUAAAAUAUUGAUUCUUAGGGAGGCACUUUCCCUCACCUAAAUCGAUAUUUUUAAAGGAUUCCAAUGGAAGGGAAACUUUGUUGCCAACUUGCAGAAUCGCCAUUGAACUUGUAUCGGAAGGUUUGCCCUCAAACACGAGCGUUGGAAUGUGAAAAAUCACCUAAAUUAACGCAAAACACGGCUCCCCUAGUCAUGUGGCAGCGAUCUCGUAAUUGCGCAUCACAUAAGAGAGAUGAUUCGAUGAUUACGUGCUGGAAGAUGCGGUGGAUAUGUCCAUUUCGUCUCUCAAGAGCAAGACUUAAUCAAUUUUGAAUGUUUCCGAUAGAAAGGUAAAGUUUCAUGAGGUUUCUUCAUAAACCGAAGCAUAUUGAAGUCUUCUUCAAGUAAAAUCUGGUAAAAUGUAAAUAUUGAGUGAUUCUGACGCCGAAAGGUUUAUUCUGAGUGAAGAUAGAAUUUUGAAUCCUGAGUUUUGGAGAGAAUAUUCAACAAAAACCAUUGCAAGCAUAAAAGUAAUCAAAACUGAACUUUCUAUCAAAUAAUGAUCAACUUAUUUCCUCGCGUUCUAUUUGCAUUUGGUUUGCCUUCGCAAAUCCUUUUUAGAGCAGCGGGAAGGUGAUCGAGGGAUGAAAUACACUUUUAUUUUGAUACUACAUCUUGCUUAGUAAUGUUCUGCUCAUUUAGCAAUAUUUAUUCUGCAAAUAAGUUAUCUUGAUUGCGUCGAGAAAUCUCAUGGAAUUUAAAAAUUGCUAAUUGGAGUCAGCCCUCUCAUUCCUCUCAAUUUAAAAUUGAUUUUUCCAAAUUUGAUGUACACAAUUCCCUAGUCCCACCUAUUUCCUUGUUACUGAAAAUGUUAUUGCAGCAGUAUUAGCGCAGCAUUCACUAACCCAAUAUGCAUAUUAGUUGUGACACUCAGUAUACGUGUAUAUCGUGUAUGCGUAUGUUUCUACACGUUUAAUGAGAUUCAAGUAUUCAAAAUUACGUAUUGCACUUUACACUGAAAAAAAAAAUUCUUAAGAUAUUACUUUUACUUAAAGUGUCGUUUUUUGUCGACAAAUUUUGGGUUUCCCGAGUCGAAUCUGUGCGGAUUUAACUGCAAGUCAGUUUUUUAGGCACGGGAACGUUGUUCUGUUAUCUUUUUUUAAACUUAAAUUUAACGACAAACAACUUUUCUUUCACACAAAAAAACUGACUUUAAGUCAAAUCUGGACGGAUUUAAUUCAGAAAAAACAAACUUUGUCGACAAGAAACGACGCUUUAAGUCAAAAUAAUAUCUCAAAAAAAAUUUUUUUGGGUGUAGUUUUGUUCAUUUUCACAGAAUUUGGUCUUCACAUUCAGUAAGACUGCGAGAAAACGAUUUGACCUCGUAUUCGGUGAUCUAUAAUUUAGGAUUAAACACACAAUUUAUUAUUAGGUGUCAUAAAUUAAGUGUUACCAGCAUACCAAGAACUUUUUUUCCACACCGCUCAACAAAAUUAUAUGUAUGAAUGUCACUGAUUUUUUAUGAUAUUUGAAUGAGGUACAGUAAUCGGCAUUUAGACGCCAAUGAAUUUGAUCAGAAAAGUCAUUCCAAUGUUUUGUUUUUUCCCUCAUUUUUUUAUGUAAUUCAUCCACAUACGCUUCUACAUCAAUACCACAUACCUACUCAUACAAUCACUGCUCUCGCCAGUAUUAGAACACAUUUUACUUAUAAUUAGCCAUUUUCAUAUUUUACAACGACAUCGCUACACAAGUAUAAUUUCCAUCCGAAAAAUCGCAAUAUUUUGAAAUUAAGUUGAGAUUUGUUUCAACUUUUUGGCGAUUAAAUAGCUAGAAUCAUCAACAUCUGAGCAAUUAUCCUCAAUCUAGUCGCAAUUUUAUCUCUAUAAAUUCGCGUCAAAUAAAAACGAAAUUAUAUCUCAUUUCAUUACGAUUUUUUGUUUGAUAAUACCUAUUGCAAUAAAUCGACAUCGAUAAAAUCGCGAUAUAUUCUCCGAUAAAAUCGCAACUGAUCGCGAUCACUGCUGCUCGGGUAUGGAAAAAUAUAUCUCCCCUAAGUUUAUAAAAAGCUUUGAAUAAACGUUGUUUCUAUGGUUAAUGUUUUACUAUAAUAAUUUAAUUGCACUGAUCAUAGCACCUUACGUGUUCAGUCUCAAUGUACGCUUUGCAUGAGCACGUUGAAACUGGAGGAGCACAUCAGUAUGCAGCAGCGAGAACAACAAUAAAAGUAUAAGGCAAAAAUUAGAGGAAGUACCGCGAAAUAAUUUUGUAUUACUUACAACCAUUCCUGGUCCUUAAUUAGAAUGAAGAAGACAAAACAUUUUUUAAAAAAAGCAUUAUGAAGACUUGCAUUAUUUUAUCCAAAAUCACGAGCCGAAGGAACACGUUGCCUGCCACACGCACAGUCCAACACAGAAGUCUCGUACUAAUUACUUUCCCCUCCUCGUGAUAUGACAUGUGUAAUUGUUUAUGGUACAUAUAAUUAUUGGAAAAGUGCAAUUAUUGGACUAAAAAUUAACUAAAAUCAAUUUUUGCUGUAACCAUGCACUUCAAUAUAUUUAUCAAUUAUAAAAGUUUAUGAAGACAUAAGUUUAAUAACCGCCGAUUCAGGGGCACCUCAGCAGUUUUUUGGGUCGAACUAAGAUUUAUUUGUGGUGUAAAUUUCAUUUCUGAAACAGCUUGUCCUCGAAAUUUCAGUCUUUAAAAUAUGAGAUUUUUUCAUUUUGGCAACGUUUAUAGGCGAAAUUAGGUAUUAUCCUAGAGUUCAAAACUCAAAGGUAAUUUUAUGAGCCCCAUCUCUUUUUUUAAAAGGGUAUAACUCAUCUGGUAGGAUUUUGGAAGGAAUAAAUUCCCCAAAUUUUAACUCUGGCUACCUACCUGGAGUUUUGGCACCCCCUCACUACUCCCAUCAAGAGGAGGUCUCCCCUUUUUGGGGAGGGAAUGGGAGUGAGGUGCAUAGAAAAAACCCACCGCUCCCAAUUUUCCCCCAUUUAAUCUACAAAUGUUGCCUUAAUGCUAAAUAGAAUAAUUAUUUCGAAUUAGGAAGCUAAAUGUUCGAAGAAUUGAAGAAAAGCAAAGAAAUGUUUUUUCACGAAUAAUUCUUGUAUCGACCUCAAAUAUUCCUGAAAUCUAUUAAUUUAAUCCUGAAUAAUUCUGCAUGUGUAACCUUGGUGUACUUAACUUUUUUCUUCACUUUCUUUAAAAUCCUUUUUCUCUCUUUUAAACAGUUUUUCAUGUCAGAUUGUUUUCUCGAGGACAUUUUCGUUAAAUCGUUUAAUAUCAACUAUGUGAUUUUAUUUUUUUAAUUGUUAUUACUUUAAAUAUUUAUUUUUAGCGAAAUGAUGUUAGCCUAGCUCAGUUUGCCUAACUGGUCAUUCUAUGACAACUUUCAGAAAAUUUAAUCGCGAGCUGGGCAUCUUCCAAAUUUUUACUUUUUUAUUUUUUCCUCUGUAAUAUAAUUCACGAAUGUUUGUUAAUAUUUUGUCAGAGUAGUUGAUUGUUCAAAACUCGAAAGGGAUGUUUCAAAAGCGAAAAGAUGAAUAAAAUCGAUAUAAAAAUUCAA